AUGAAUCAGCAUCUUAAGGGAAGUGAGGAUAACGACAAGGUCACGGAUGAUGACGACAAGAGUCCCAACAUCUUGACCAAACAAAUGCCGCCCAAUGCUUCUGAUCCCAAAGUCGCCGAUUCCUUAAUUGCCACUCAAAUGGCUAAACUAUCAGUCGCUGAUCGAGAAAAGGCCUACAUGGACGUUCAUGGCAUAUCAGAAGAUGCUCAAGAAACUCCUGAACUGAUUCAGGAGAGUUUGGUGCUACUCCAACUUGAAAUCGACAUGUUGUCCGACAAGAAAGCCUACAUCAUUGCCGAUCGACUGGAUCCUAAUUAUACCCAGGAUGGAGACUUUCGACUUGCGUUCCUUCGAUGCGAGAGGUUCGAUUGCCAAAAGGCAGCACUUCGGAUCAUACGACAUUUUCAGACGAAACUGGAUUUGUUUGGUGAGGAUAAGCUUACAAUGGACAUUACUCAAGACGAUUUGGAUACGGACGACAUGGAUGUUCUGUACAGUGCCAAUGGCCGUUUUCUGAAUGCGUAUGAUAGCGGUGGAAGGAUCAUCAAUUUUAUAACGCGGGUGCCGAAGCUGUUCAAGACAGAUGCGGUGCUUCGAAAAGGUUUUUACAAUAUAAUGACGUUGUUUCGUGACAACGCGGAGGUGCAACGGCGUGGAGCAGUUUCUGUCUGCUGGAGUGCUGGGAGUGCGAAAGGAACAAGUGGGGACAGUCCUGAUCUCAAUUGGAAACUGCCAAAGUUGCAUGAAGGAUCCCCCAUGCGGAUAUCAGCAAUUCACCUGUGCUUUACAGAUGACACUUGGAGGGACAAACUCGCAAUCGUGAGAGCCAGUUUGAACAAGCAGACAUUAGUGCGUGCUCGGCUUAUACAUGGUACGAUGCAAGACUGUAUGCAACACCUACGGCGACAUGGAAUCGACCCAGCUUGCAUCCCACUCAAUGAACACGGGGAGAUUUCAGACCAUUUGGAACAUUGUAAUCAACUGGAACAACAGCGGAUGCAUGAACGUCUAAAGUAUCCGAUGCGUCAUACGAUUGGGGUCCCCGCGGCUCACGAUGUGCUUCUCGGUAAAGGCACUCCCUUUCAAAAUCACUGGGGUAACAAGAACCUUCGGCACAUGGUCCUCGAUCGAUACAAGGAGUAUGAAAAAGCAAAAAAAGGUAUAAAGAAGGCUAUUGCUUGCGAAAUCGUUGAUUCCAUCAGGGGCACCGGAGGCUUAUUUCUAAAGCAAGGUGAAAAGGAGUGGGUCCCAGUCAGCGAUGAAGUAGCGAUGACGAAAGUCAGCGCUGGUUUUCGAACGUUGCGGCUUAAGGGUGUGGCAAAGUAG